AUGCUUCGAAACCAAAGGAAAAUAAUAAAUUCCCUUUGGCCGUCCAGAAUUCCAAAUGAAGAAUAUGCGACGAGACGGACAAAUUUGAUGAGGAUUUUGAAGAAAGAGGUCAAAACUGGAGAAAAACAAGUGGUUGUUGUGAUGAAAGGAGCUCAAAAAUCAUAUAUUGCACCAGAUGUUCCACACGCGUUCAGACAGAAAAGUCAUUUCAGAUAUCUAUCUGGAAUCACAACAUCCGAUUGCUACUAUCUGAUUCAAUGUGGAGUUCAAUCUUCAUCUUCCGAACUUGCAAUUCUUUUCGCAAAUCGUCGUUCUGAAUACGAAGAAUUAUGGGAAGGACCGUUACCAACAGAAUCUGAAUGGGAGAAAACUUCGAAAUUUUCUGAAAUUGUUCCGACAAACCGGCUGCUUCAAACAUUGGAAAAAGUUGUUGAUAAGGGAACCGCAGUGUUUUUCGAUACGAGUUCCGAUGACUUUCUGGCGAAGUUUUUACAGACAAAAGCGAAUUCUGUCAGGGAUAUCAAUCAUUUUAUCGAACGUCUCCGAGUGGUCAAAUCAGAAAAUGAGAUGGAUUCGAUGAGAGAUGUUUGUAAUCUGGGUGGUCAAACAAUGUCUUCAAUGAUAUCUGGUGCCCGGAACCUUCAUAACGAGAAUGCAAUUUGUGGAUUGUUAGAGUUUGAGGGGCGGAGACGAGGAUCUGAAAUGCAGGCGUAUCCACCGGUUAUUGCAGGCGGUGUUCGUGCUAACACAAUCCACUAUCUGGAAGCAAAUAAUGAUCUGAAUCCAUCGGAAUGUGUUCUAGUAGAUGCCGGAUGUGAUUUGAAUGGAUAUGUUUCAGAUGUGACACGUUGUUUCCCGAUCUCUGGAUACUGGUCUGAUGCUCAACUUUCUCUCUACGAAGCUCUUUUAUAUGUUCAUGAAGAACUGAUCUCAUAUGCUCAUAACAUGGAAAAAGUUCGUCUGAGUGCCCUUUUCAAACGAAUGAAUGAACUUCUGGCAGCGAGUUUCUCAGAGUUAGGACUCAUUAAAUCGACGGAUCACAAGGAAAUGAUUCAUUUGGCUGAAAAGUUGUGUCCCCAUCAUGUCAGUCAUUACCUUGGAAUGGAUGUCCAUGACUGUCCAGCUAUUUCACGUGACAUUGAUCUACCAGGAAAUGUCUCAUUCACCAUUGAACCGGGAGUUUAUGUUCCAAUGGACUGGAAUGUUCCAGAGUUCCGAGGUAUCGGAUAUCGAAUUGAAGAUGACGUGGCGACUAAUCCAUCAGGAGGAAUUGAACUGUUGACGGCGGCUGUUCCGAGGGAUCCGAUUGAGAUUCAAAGACUAAUGGGAACAACUGAAUAG